GACAAUAUGGCGGCCACCGAAAAGGGAAGGAAAUGAUAUACAAAUCUGAUUAAUUUGACUAUUACAUCCCUUAUAUAAUUAUCAAUAAUGUUUCCUGAGUAUACAAAGGCAUGACAUAACAGCACAAAUAAUGUAGCUUAGCCUUUGUAGUGCCAUGAGCGGUGUAGGGGGCUAAUAUACACCCUUUAUUUUGUUCAAAUGAAGAAUGGGCGCUCAACAAGGAAAAGAAGGAAAAAGUAGUAGCUCAAGUAAACCUAAGAGUAAAACAAAAGAUCAGUCUCGACCAUCACCCGGAAAUCCUUCUAUAUUUACAGAUCCGACUGAUUCCUUGCUGCAGACACGCCCACUACCUGAUGCCCCCUUAGGUCUGCUAGAUACAAAAUGGAUGUCUAAAGAAAAUCUGUUGGCCAACCAGGGUGAAGAUGACCCAAACCUGUUUGUUGCUUUGUAUGAUUUCCAGCAAGGUGGUGAAAACCAACUAAGUAUAUUUAAAGGUGAACAAAUAACUAUCCUUGGUUACAACAAAGGAGGGGAAUGGUGUGAGGUCAAAAACAAGGCCAAUGACCUUGGCUGGGUGCCUAGUAACUACAUUGCUCCUGUCAACAGUCUGGAUAAAUUCUCCUGGUACCAUGGACAGAUAUCGCGAAAUGCAUCAGAAUACCUUCUUAGUAGUGGAAUAAAUGGAAGCUUCCUUGUUAGAGAAAGUGAAAGUAGCCCAGGCCAGAGGUCAAUUUCUGUCAGAUUUGAAGGUCGUGUAUACCACUACAGAAUAAGUGAAGAUUCUGAUGGCAAGGUGUAUGUUACAGCAGAACAUCGAUUCAACACCUUAGCUGAACUUGUACACCAUCACUCAAUACAUUCAGAUGGACUGGUAACCACUUUACUAUAUCCUGCUCCUAAACGCCAGAAACCAACAGUAUUUGGUCUUAGUCCGGAACCAGAUAGAUGGGAAAUAGAAAGAACAGAAAUAGCAAUGAAACAUAGAUUAGGUGGUGGCCAGUAUGGAGAUGUAUAUGAAGCUAUAUGGAAGAGAUACAACAAGACUGUAGCAGUCAAAACUCUUAAGGAAGAUACCAUGGCAUUAAAAGAUUUUCUCGAAGAGGCAGCCAUUAUGAAAGAAAUGAAGCAUCCUAAUCUAGUCCAGUUACUUGGUGUUUGUACCAGGGAACCACCAUUUUACAUUGUAACAGAGUUCAUGCCGAAUGGAAACCUCCUUGAUUUUAUGCGUAGUGCUAACAAGGAAGAUAUAGGACCCACAAUUCUAAUGUACAUGGCAACACAGAUAGCUUCAGGAAUGGCCUAUCUAGAGGCUAGGUCAUUUAUACAUAGAGAUUUGGCAGCUAGAAACUGUCUGGUAGGUGAUAGCCAUAUACUGAAAGUAGCAGAUUUUGGUUUGGCCAGAUUAAUGAAAGACGAUACAUACACAGCCCAUGCUGGAGCUAAGUUUCCUAUCAAAUGGACAGCACCUGAAGGGUUGGCAUUUAACAGAUUCUCAACGAGAUCUGACGUCUGGGCAUUUGGUGUAUUACUGUGGGAGUUGGCUACUUUUGGGAUGUCUCCCUAUCCAGGAGUGGAAUUGACCGAGGUGUACCAUUUAUUAGAGAGGGGUUACAGGAUGGACAGACCUGCUGGAUGUCCUGCCAGUGUAUAUGAACUGAUGAUGAGAUGUUGGCAGUGGGAUCCUAAAGACAGACCUACCUUCAAAGAAAUUCACAAUGUAUUAGAACAUAUGUUCGAAAAAUCCAGUAUUAAUGAAGAGAUUGAGAAAGAAUUGGACAAAGAUCCUAAGAAAUUUCAAGGUUUACUUCCACCCAAGAAGAAUCGUUCAGGUGCUAACUUAGCAGGACUGGAUAGUCCUGAUCUUGGGGAGGGCAGGAUCAGUGCAGGUCCUACUCCACCAGCAUCUAGACGAGUGCUGCCACAGAAGGAGGAUAAUGUUGAUGUAUUGUUACGUCAAGUCUCCAAAGCAGUUGUCGCCAAGGCUGCUGCUAAGAAAAAGGGUGGACCUGCUCCUGCUCCUCCAAGACGAACUACAUCAUGUAAGGAUCCAACAGAUAGCCAAAAGGAUAUGGAAAAUGAACUGAAGGCAAAAAUGAAACUUCAAAAAGCUAAAAUUGAAAGCUCAGUUCUCAUAGAAAAUUAUGAUGAUGAUGAAUAUCAUGAAACUGGAAGUGAUGUAGGUUUGACUAUUACACUGCAGCCUUCUAAACGACUAGAAUUAGGCUCUCCUAAAAGUUAUCAACGAGAGGGAAAGGACGUGAAAAUGGAGGAUAGCGGAAUAUCACAAAGUAGUACCGAAAGUUUAAAACGUGCUCAAAUUGACAAAUCUAAAUAUUUGAUCAAUACUGAUAGUGCUGUGAAAUCUUCUGCUUUUGAACAUUCUAAAGAGAGGAGUAGUGGGCGGAGUUUUAAUUUGCCUUACCAACGACAAUAUAGUAUUGAAAGUGGUGAUAGUAGUCACCGUGUUUCUAAAGAGACUAGUACUGAAGAAACAAAAGACAUGGUGUCUAAUUAUAAAGGAAAGUUUUAUCCUAAAAAAGCAUUACCAUUACCACAACAAGCUCUUAUAAGGCGACAGUCAUCAGGCAGAACUAAUAAGACUCGAGAUGCAGAAAGUAGUGUUACAAUAGGACGUUUAGACGUAAAUAAUGUUACAAAAGCAAUCAGUAGGUAUGGAACUAUUCCCAAAGGCCGUCGGAUAGAGGCCUAUUUAGCUUCAAUGGAAUCGGAAGUAGAAAGAAAUCAAAUUCCUGACCUGCCUGUAGUGGACGAUCAGGAUUCAGGCACUGACACUGCUAGUGUUGCAUCAUGUCCUAAUUUAAUGCCGGAAGCAGGACAAGAUGCAGAAAAACUAGUUUCGCAUGGUCAACGAGAAAACAGUGAUCCUGGUAUAAAGCCAGAACCUAAUGUGAAGCCAAGUAGUUUUGUAAAAUCUCAGUCACAAUAUGGUAUAGUUGAUAAUCAAAACCUUCCUAACACUGGGUUACAGAGACAAAAGUCUGACGUGACGCAUAGUAAUAAUGAGUUGGCUAGAAACUUUCCUGAUCAAAAACCCAAACCUAGUCCAAGGUUAUCACGUAUGUUUGAACCUCGUAGUGAGAUGGAUCAUACCCAGCAUGUUAUUCAACCAAUACAUAAACCUUUAGUUGGUAUUGAUCAUAGUCCAGCUAGCACAGACUCAACAUUAAUCGGAAGUCCAGAUUCAGUUCUCGAUUCACGUAAACAUUCGGAGUAUAAAUCGCCUCGACCCACCUUUUCUCAUAAAAUGAGAUCUGCUUCGACAGGAGACUAUCCUUUGCAAGGGGAAUCUCCUGCAGCUGAAAAUAUAAAUGUUACAAACUCGUGGAGUGGGAAUAAUUCAGAAUCUAUUACUGAGGAACAAACAGAAGCAUAUUCUGUUUUGUCAAAAGUUGCAAUGUUUCAAUCACAAAAACCAGGCAGUUCUGAUUAUGGACCUUUUAAACCUUUUACUAGGAAUGAAAAUGGUCGAGAAUCAUUUUCUGAGAGACAUGAAGGUGUGCGACCACUAUCAGAUCUGAAUUAUAAAUCUCAUGUUAGUAAAGAUGACAAUAUUUAUAAACCUGUUUUGCCGAAAAAUAUUCAAUCUGGACUACAAUCAUCACUUAUGUCCAAGUCCAUGAUAGAUACUUUGGAAACAGUGCCUGAAAAAUAUUCUGGACCUAAUUCUGAUUCAGAUUCUCCCAACGUGACACAAGAAAGUGUUUUAAAAUCUGCUAAUGAAUUAAAUAGUUGUAUAGAGUCACUGACAGCUGCUGGGAACAAAACCAGCACAAAUUUUAUGCUUCUGUCGGAGCAAAUUUUAACUUUUCAUGAACUUUGUUCCCAUUUUAUUGAUAAUUUACAAGUACAUGCCAAGUUUCAUGCUAAAGAAUUAUUAUCACAAUUGCAGGCUCAUAGUGAACAGUUAAAGAUAUACAACAGUUCAAACCCAGCCAGUGGAAUCAAGUUGACCAAUGAUGUUAAAACAACCAUGCAAGAAAUACUUAGUCUUAUACAACGGUGAUUUAAGUAAACUGGUCAUAGAAAAAUUAGGGAGUAGUCAUUUUGUCCAACAGAUUGCAGGCCAAGCAAAUUUUUUUAUUUUUUAAAAACUGUCCAUAUACACAUCUAUAUCAGAAUAGUUUGCUUGAAAAACAAUUGAUGUCUUUGCAUGGCCUUACAUUGUUAUUCAUAAUCAAGAACUUGGAUUUAAUGAUAAUUAUAUUAUGAUAGUACAUUAUACAAGAGAACAAAGAGAUCUAAAUGUAAAAAGGCACAAAUAAAUAUCAUUUUUUUAUAUAAAUAAUUCCAAGCUCACAUUCAUUUGUAUAUAAAAUCACCAGAAUAACUGACUUUAUGAAGAAAAUUUUUGAGACCCGAUUCCAAUCAACAUCAAUCUUUUCUUGAAAUAUUUUACAUUAUUCAUUGUUAUUUGUAUAGGAUUCAACCCCCCUCUUUUCAACAAAUAUAAGCACAAAAGCAUAAUACAGUGUAUAUUUUAGGUUUACCUGCCAAAGACUGGUCAAUAAUAUAUAAAUUAUGUAUAUAUUAACAUGAACUUCUUUUACUUACCAGCAAAAAAAAAUGAGAUAUGAAUUGUUAAUGUGUGUUUUAACAAUUACUAAGUAGUACAAUGUAGUAUAAACAUUUGUGUCAAGGCAGAAGGCUUACUUUCAAGGUUGUCACAGAUUAUUAUUUUUAUUUGCCUUAAUUUAACUCAACUAGUUUGUAAUGUUUAAAAUUUUUAAAAGAAAAAAAGAUCUUAAGGGUUGUCAGUUUAUCAGUUUUAUUUCCCAUUUGAAUAGAUAUCUGGCUAUCCAAUGAAGCCAUGAAGACAAGUAUAUACUUUAUUGCACAUGUAUUUAUUUUCCCCCGGCAGGUCCAAUAUUGUUAUUGUAUGUCCAGCAAUUACAGAUUGUCAUCAUAACUGUAAUACUAUCUAUGCAGUGAAAGAUAUAGGUUAAAUAUUGAUAAAACUAAUUAUUUAAGAAUAAAUUAAUGAAAAUUAGAACCCUAUUAAUAAUAUUGCAGCAACAGCAUUACAAUACUGUGUAACAGCAUUCGAGUCAUUCUUGAGCAACUUGAUUCUUUAUUUUGUUCAGACUAAUUUCUCAGGAACUCUUGAUAUUAUUUAAGUAUUACAUUGAUUUUACAAUUCUCUUCUUCUACCACAGGUUGACAUGAUGUACAUUUCAUAAGAAAUCCUAUUACUUACUCCUUAUUUCUCGAGGGAGGAAACCCUGAACACAUACCUUUUUGUUUGGCCUAAGUUUACUUUAGAAAAAGUUGUAAAAGACAUAUUGUUUUGGUUUUCUCAUUACUGUGACCUCUAAUUGCAAACAUUUUCGUCAUUUAGUCUCUGGUGGAGAGUUGUCUCAUUGGCAAUCGUAUCACAUCUUAUUUUUAUACGCCAGUUUACCAGAUGUAUUAUGGUAUACCGUCCGUCCGUCGUCAACAUGUCAUACAAUAACUCAAAAACCCUUUAACCAAUUUGCAUGAAACUGAAUUGUUUAUAUUUAUUGACUCGAGCUCCCUUUCCAUUUUUAUAAAUUUUAGAUUUUACGUUUUUGAGUUAUGAGGUUUUAUUCAUUAAAAAAGGGGGAUUUUCCAGUUUUCGGACAAUAACUCAAAAAUGCUUUGAGCAGUUUUCAUGAAACUUUGGUGAAUUGUUUAUAUCUAUUAAAAUAACUUCCCUUUAUUUUUUUUUUUAAAUUCCUGGUAUGACAUUGAGGAGUUAUGGAACUUUAUUCUUUGAAAAAGCGAUGGGCGUAUCAUGCUCUCAGGGCACAGCUUUUUAUCAUAUUUGUAAUGAACAAAUUGCGACUUGUUGCAUAUGUCAAUUUUAUGAAUGGAAAUAAAAUUCCUACAUCUUUCACUGCCUAGGAUAUUGUUGCCGUAGUUACAUUAUACCCAUGUAAAAUAGACCUGACGUCUGCAUAAUUUAAAAUGGAAGAUUCCAACUAAACAGCUUGAAGUGUGAUAUCAGACCAAAAUGUCAUCUUUCAGAAGAAGAAAAUGUGAUAAAUUUUUUUUGCAAUGAGAUUUUUUGGUGCUACGUGGUUAAUAAGAUGUUUAUAAAUGAGGUUAUAUGUAUUAAAUACACAUAAAUGUACAUGUGUAUUAAAUACACGUAAAUGUACAUGUGAAUGGUUAGAUAUUUGAAGUCUUCUGAUCAUGAUUUUGGACCAAAAUUUUUAAAUCCAUGUUUGUAAUUGGACCAGUACUUUUUAUAUUGAUUGUUAAUGUAUGAAUCAUAACUAUAGAAAUAUUAAGGCAUAUUUAAGACAUGACAUAUGAAAAUAAAUUAAGGGCUGUUCCAAAAUUUAUCAGGUGGGGGGAUGGGAGGCCAUCAAAUUGAUUUAAUAUAGGUGGUUGCAUUUUCUUUAGAAUUUUGAUAGAAUUAUAAGUGAAAUGAAAACUUUUUUUUAUGUGUUGGCGUGGUCUUAAAAAGUGCCUCCUAUGCCCCCAUGCGUUAAAUUCUAGAAAAGCCCUAAGCAUUCUUUUGGUUGCUUGAACUUGUCUUUUCUGGUGUAAAAAUACCACCAACAUGAAGCCAUUAACAAUUGUUCUUAAAAAGAAUUUUUUGCUUUGAAUUUUUUUUGUCAUUAGGUUAUUCCCAUCUCAUAAUUUCAGAAAAAAGUAGUACAAAAUUAUCUCAAAUUUUGGUGCUGUAAUUAUCAUGUUAGAAACAUGCAAGUUUAUAGUUAUCUUUGAAAGAGUAAGUAGUUAAUAAGAAAAAGUAAUACAUUUGACUUGUGCUGACCAUAUAAUUACUAUUGUACGUCAAUGUGAACUAGUUUUCAGACUUGAGAUAAUUUGUAACUGGACUAAACCUUAUAGUUUCUGAAAUAAAGAUUUCUGAUGUUGGUAAAUCAAAGGCAAAGUUUAAUACCAAUAGAUAAAAUAGUUCACACAAGAAAUUUUGAUGAAAAAAACGUUUCAGAUAUGAUCUAAAUAUAAAAGACCUGUUGUCAGAAAGUUCGUUUUCAGAUCAAAGUUUUGUUUAUUAUAAGUCUGUAAGUAAAUUUGAUUGAAAUUAUCAGAAGGUCAUUGACAUCACAAGUCUGUGAGUUAUAUAAAAUAUAUUCUUAAUGUGUAGAUUUUUGGAUUGUCAGUAAAUUGAUUUUUAGAAAUUCUAUUGGACAUGUGCAUUAGGCUUAAGGUCAGUUGAUUCAAACGGUUGAAUGGUGAUAUCCUUUUUUUGAAGCUGUUAUAUAAGUACUAGUACUGCAAGGACUUAUAUUUCUUGAGUACUGGAAAAGUACACAUAGUUGUGACAAAUGAUAGUUUUUAUAAUAUAUAUAUGAAAUAUUGGAUUUUUAUGACAUUUUACAGCAAGAAAUUGAAAAGUCCUGCAAGAAAGUUGUGAUUUAUAACUUGAGGCAGAGUUGUGAUUUUUUUCAGUAGAAAAUGAUAAAAUUUACAUGAUUCUUAUGACUAGAUUAAACAUGCAUAAAUUCACAUCUGUUUUAAUAUUUAGAUAUUUUAAGUUAUAUAGGGUCUAAAAAAGCCCAAUAGGAAUUAGGAACUAGUCCUGUAGUGUAUAGUUUAUCAGAAUAUUAAGCAUUGAAUAUUCAGGGUUGUCACAUGAUAAAUGUAAGCGCAUUUCAAGUAUAUCCAUUUUAGGUUUCCAUAAUAACCAAAUAAAUUCAUGAAGAACGAUAAAAUCCAAUAUCUUAUUAAAUCUACACCUUUAUAUCUUGAAUUUCUUUAGUCUUGUGAUGGGUCAAAUUGAAAUAUAUAUAAAAAAAAUUGUGCUUAAAAAUUAAAAUACUCUAGUUAGUUAUGUAAUAAGAAGUCAUGACUUUGUGCAAAAAAUAAAUGUGAUGAAUAUGCAAAUGUUUUGUUAAGGAGUUCCUUCCCUUUUACUAAAGUUGGAAGAAAAACAACUUAUAUUGAUUAUUUGAUGUGCCUUUAUUUAGUUUAAAUGAUAUUUCCCUGUUAACUUACUUUUGAUGGGAAAAAUAAUUUAUGCUUAAGAUUUUUUCUUUCUAUCUAAUAUUUCUUAUUUAUAAAUGAAGCCACCAUGGUUUUAGAAAUAAGAUUGAACUAGUAUCUAAAGAAUAGAAGUGUUUUUGUAACCAUGGUAACACAUAGAUAAUAUUCUCUUGUCUGAUAUGAUAUGUAAUAAUAAAUUAAAAGUGUACUUGGAAAAGAUUAUAUUUUAUUGAAAAUGAGUGAAAUCUUUGCUUUUUCUUUCUUCUGUCGUUCUUUAUAAUACUCUAUGUAAAUAGUACAUAUUUAAUAACUAAAUGUAAUAAACAAAUAUCAGCAUUUUUGUAAUUUAUUGAGUUGUAUUGGUGAAAACUAAUGCAUUUGCAUAAUUUUGAGAGACUUGUAAGAUAAUUGAAUAUUUUACUAGAAUGUCCGAACAUGUCCAUGUGGUGUUUGAUGAUUUGUGUCCAUGUUUAGGUUACUUAGUAUUCGAAGGGCAUUUUUAGAAAAAAAUCUUGGGUAAAUGUUCAAUAGUGCUUUGCAUAAAGAAAUUUUCAACAUAAUGACAAUCAUAUUAUUUCAAUUGUCUAAAAUAAAAAAUAUAAAUUUGCUUCAAAUAUUUUGGAUUCCUUCAUAGCAAAAUAUCACUAAGAUAUUUUAAUUUUGGAUUAAUUUGAGAUACUGUAAUUUCAGAAAUUUAUACUUUUGUUUAAUGUAGUAUUGUCAAAUAUCCAGUGUCUGGUGAAAUUACAAAUUUAUUUAAUGUGACGGCUGGAAUGUUUAUUAAAUAUAAAUGUUUCUUGUAAUUUUGAAGAUACUGUUAUUUAAAUUUGAAACUGAAUAUGCACGAAAUAUUUACAACUGGACUUUAAGGAAACAGUCAAUAAAUAAAUAUGAAAGUCAAGACUUUUUCCACUUUUCAUGUGAAACAAUUGUUUGUAAUGAAGUUUAUUAAUACCUGAACAUGGACAUGACCUGUUUGAUAGAAUGCUGCUAAGUUAUAGCAAUCAACUGUUUGUGUUUCCUUUGUAAAAUGUCUUUAUACUUUCUGCUUAAAAAGCAGUUCACAUGCAAGAAAAUACAAGCUGCAUGGGAUCAAAAUUGAGCUUUGAAUCAUAUCACUGAAAUUGAGUACUGUUAAUAAGUAUUACUGUGGAUUCAUGAUUUUUCGUUGGAUACCAAUUUUCGUGGGUUUCAUGGGUACAAGUAAACUAUGAAUUCAAAUGUUCAACGAAUUACAAAUUUUCCGUAGGCUUUGUAUGCAGAGAUUGGUAAAAUCAUGAAAUCAAAUAUCCAUGAAAAUGCAAGUUUUCCUCAAUCCACGAAAAUAUAUGAAUCCACAGUAUGUUAAUAAAGCUUUUAAGUUCUCAUUUGUGAUGUGGGCUUUGUUGCUAGAUAAUGGCUAUUUAUACAAGUCACCGCUGCCUUUCAUUGGAUAAACUGUUGUUUUUUUUCAUAUCGACCAGCAGUUAAGAGAAGAAAGUGGGAAAACCAUUGAGAAUACAAAUGUCUAUUUUAAUAAGUACAUAGAAACAAAAAUAGAAGGUUUUUUGAUGAGUUUGUUUAUCUUGCUGGUAAAGAUUUUAGUAGAGUUUUGGUAAUUUACAACAGUUUAAAGAAAAAUUUAGUGUUAAAAAAUACAUUGAUUAUGAUGUACCAGUUGAUAUAGGUCAAUAUUUAUCCAUUGAAGCUUGUGUUUCAUCCACACAUGAAAAUUGUUCAUUUAUCUCAUAUUAUGCUUUAUAAGAUCAAGGUGCUUCUUCAAAAAUAAUUUCUAAUUAAGACAUCUGAAGAAGUCAUUAUCUUUUGAAUAAUAAGAAUAUGGAAACUGAUAACUGUGGAUUGUAUUAUUUUUGUUGGAGAGAAUUCUCAUGAAUUAAGGAAAGAAUAAAUUUUCAUGGAUAUUUGAUUUUCUUGAUUUUUGUACUUCUUGUUCAUUAAAAUCUGUGUAUUUCCAAUAUCUAUGAAAACAACAAAAAUUGGUACUCCACAAGAAUAAUGAAUCUCAGUAUAUAAAGUAUCCAGAUAGCAUUUUACAUUGGAUAACUCAUUAACUGUGCAUGUAAAUAUGCUUCUGAGUAAGUGAGUAUAAAAAUGUGAGGAAGAUCCAAGUUAAUCAUGUGGUCUUGGUAUUUUUUUUAAAAGAUCAUGUGAUGGUCAUGUGACCAAAUUUUAAAUAAUCAUGUGAUACUUGUAUAAAAGGUGUAUUUCUAAGUGCUCUUUAUGAAAAAGUUUUAUACAACAAUUACAACAAUUUUAACAAUAUUUGCUUUGCUUUAAUGUCAGAAUGUUUUAUAAAUAAUGUAUAUUUAAACUGAAACUUGUGCUUUAAACUUGAGGAAUGUAUGAGAGAGUAUAAUACAGUGUAUAUCAAUGUACAUUUCAUGUCAAUUAAAAAAUCAGAUCAUUUUGUCAA